GUCAAAAUUACUGUCAAAUUUUCAACAUCAAUAAACCAAAAGUUUAAAAGGCUCACUGCGUGAUAUAAAUAAUUCUAAAUCUUAAUAGAUAAUGUGCGAAUGAAGACAAUUCGGAGAAUUACUGACAUUGUAACGAGAAAGAAUCCUGCUAAUAAUCAUUAAUACUUUGUGAUUGUGCUAAAUGGCUUUCUAAUACUUUAUCAUAAUGGCUACGAGAAUAGAUCAUGGUGCAGGGGAAAGUGUAACAGAAAUUUUGAGUUAUGAAAAUGACUCAAAAGAGAAACACUACCCUUUCAAAGCAAUGCAGAGUAGGGCCAAUGGGUUUAAGAAAUAUUCAAAGAAUUUCAAAAAUUCAAAUGGGUAUGUUUUGACUUCUUCUGAGGAUGAGACCAAUAGAAAACAAAGGGGUUUAAACGGAAACUUCACCCGCAAAUAUGAGGAUACAAGAAAGGCGACCAGAGCGGUUAACGAAUCAUUCGAAUCGCCGAGUUUGAUAACAGCUUUCUUGACGCAAGUAAGCUUUUACAUAUUGAUGCUGUUGGGUUUCUUGAGUCAGGCUCUGUUCCCGCCGAAGAUCGUGAAAGAAAAGAACAGAGACGGUUACCCGCCGCUCUUUGAUAAAUUUUCCGCCUUUUACUCACGCUACGUCUACAGAAGGAUCAGGGAUUGCUGGAAUUAUCCCAUAUGCAGCGUUCCGGGAAAAGAAAUCAUCCUGAAGGAGAGGUACACUCCUGAUAACGGCUGGACUUUCAAAUUUACAGGACGAGAACUGAAAUGUUUGAAUUUGGCAUCAUACAAUUACCUCGGCUUUGCCGAGGCGUCAGGUCCUUGCGCUGAAUUCGCCAUCGACUCCAUCUACAAAUAUGGCGUCUCAACUGGUGCCACAAGACAAAAGUACGGCACGACUGACUUACACGUUGAACUCGAAUCGCUGGUAUCUGAGUUUUUGGGCACGGAAGAUGCCAUUACCUUCGGAAUGGGCUAUGCCACUAAUGCCUUGAACAUACCCAAGUUGAUCGGCCCCGGUUGCCUAGUCAUAAGUGACGAGAAAAACCACGCAUCCUUGAUUGUGGGGUUGAGGCUUCCUGGCGCCGUCAUUGAAAUCUUCAAACAUAAUGAUGUCAAACAUCUUGAGGAACUUCUGCAACAAAACAUCAUAAGGGGUCAACCGAACCAACCAAAUGGUCAAUAUAAGCCAUGGAGAAAGAUCCUGAUAGUGGUAGAGGGGGUCUAUAGUAUGGAAGGAAGUAUAGUGCGACUACCGGAGAUUAUAGCGUUAAAGAAAAAGUACAAAGCGUACCUCUACUUGGACGAGGCUCACAGCGUGGGCGCUAUGGGACGACACGGAAAAGGGGUUAUUGAUUACUUCGAUUGCGAUCCGAAAGAUGUAGAUAUUCAGAUGGGCACCUUCACGAAAAGUUUCGGAUCUGCUGGCGGUUACAUAGCAGGUUCAAAGGACCUGAUAAGUUACCUUAGAGAACACAGUUACGCUUCCUGCCAUGCGUGGGCCAUGCCGCCUCCGGUAGCAGCUCAAAUAGUGGCAGUCCUCAGGAUAUUGAUGGGGCGAGACGGUACGAAUGAGGGUCAGAAGAGGAUUGAAGCGCUGGCCAGAAACACCCGCUAUUUCAGAAUGAGACUGGAACAAAUCGGUGUUAUUAUCCAUGGUAAUGACCAUUCGCCGGUGGUUCCUAUAUUGGUGUAUCUUUACUCAAAAAUUGUAAUUAUGGUGAGAACACUCUACAAGUACCAGAUAGCCACAGUGGGUGUGGGUUAUCCCGCAACUCCCCUUUACGAGGGGAGAAUUCGGAUAUGUCUGUCGGCAGCUCACACCAAAGAACAGCUAGAUUAUGCUCUAGAAAUAAUCGAAAAGGUUGCCGAGGAGGUCGGUCUGAAACAUUCCAGGAAACCAAGGGAUCCAGAUGUUGUUGAAUUCGACAAGAUAAAGAUUUAUCGAAAUUGAUAAUCGAAUCGUAAUCGAAUAUUGUUGUUGGAUUUUUUUCGCCCGUACUGAAUUUCAGAAACUGUUUUAUAUGCAUGUUCACGCCGAAAAUGUUGAAUUCUUUAUGUUUCAACAUAUUUUAUUCUCGAAGCUACUUUCUGAUAUUAGAUCUUUUUGGUUAGUUUCUGUUAGAAAUUUUCCAAGUUUUUCACUUAUUUUUUCAUUUUUUGUAGCUUAGGACAAAAGAAAAAUACACACAAGGCGUAAACACGCCGACUCUUA